AUGAAGAUAGUACCACCAAACUUUGGUUACGUAGAAGAGCGCAUUUUCCGUUGCGGUGCGCCAGAACCAUGCCACUACGCUUUUUUAGCCUCACUAAAGCUUCGUACAUGCGUGUUGUUGACGGAAAGCCAUGAUGAGGCGUUUGUGCGUUGGCUUCGCGAAAAUAACGUCCACACUGUUUGCCCACUUUACGAUGGCUCUAGAAUGAAUGGCCUUGGGGACAAAAUGGGGUGUGUUGGUUACCACACUGGGAGUAUGACCCUUUCUGAACCAGUAGUUGUGGAUAUUCUGCAUGUGCUUGUCGAUCCCAUCAACUACCCUUUAUUACUAACGUGCAGCGUAGGCCGGUAUCGCACAGGCAUCGUGUGUGGAUGUCUUCGUAAGCUGCAGGGUUGGAGUUUGGUGUCCAUCCUGGAGGAAUACCGUAGGUAUGCCCAAGAUAAGGGACGUGCUGAAAACGAAGAGUUUAUUGAGCUUUUUGACAAGGACUUGGUGAAUCUGGAAUUGAAGGAUGGCCGAAGGCCAACUAUUCUGUACCCCUACGAUGUCUAA